AUGUUGACAACGUCGUUACGCCGGGCGGCAUGGGCAAUGCCCGUACCCGGCUUGACUCGAUCUUCUGGCCAGGUGCUCGCCGUUCGAGGCAUCCAUCAGCGCCGGUACUCCUCAUCCUCGUCCAAACCUCCAGUCCCACCGAGCGAUGGCUCACGACGGAUGGACACAUCCUCUACGCCUGCGAAGGGUGUGAGUUCAUCGAACGAGAAGGGGAAGGCGGCCCGUCGGCGGGGGAAAGAUAACAGUACUCGCAAUGGAUCUUCCAAGGCCAGCCAGCAGAAUUCGAUCUUUGCCAAUCUCCCCAGCGUUCCCUCGACUCAGCACCUGCAGCCGCAUGAUGUCCAUGUAGCAUCCUUCUUCUCGAUCCACCGACCCAUAUCCGUGACGUCGACUGUACCGCCUGCCUCCAGCGCCGAGGCCUUCGAUGCGAUCUUCUCAUCAAAGCGAUCCCUCAAGAACGAGCCGGAGGAUGUCAUCUUCACCCUUUCCUCGACAGUCCAGUCCAUGGAGAACACAGCGCACUCUCUGAGCGAACCCGAGGACCAACUGGGCCAGCUCAACCGCAGCUUUGCCAGCGACCAGGACGGCGAGCUGCGCAUGAUGGACGGCCCGGAAGCCAAGAUGUCCGUGGAAGAGUUCACCCGCCGCCUGCGCCCCUUCAACCCCCCACCACCGCCCGUUCCCAUAACCGCAAACCCCUCGGCCGCUGAAGCGGACCCCUCGGUCGACCACGUCGACCAGGAGACAUCGACCUACUCGACCGUCCUGACGAUCCGCGAAUCCCGCCACGCAGACGGCCGCAAGACCUACGAGGCCCACACAGGCCCUUUCGUCUUCAAUGACGAUGUGCAUGCCCCCACCGGAAUGCAGGACGAAGUUGCCGCCUCCAUCGAUGCCCCCAGCGGCUUCGGCUCGGGCACGACCUACAUCGAGCGCCUGCGCUACAACCGGUCCAUGCACACGCUCAGCACGAAGCGACGGCGCCGCGUGAAGAUGAAGAAGCAUAAGUUCAAGAAGCUGAUGCGGAGGACGCGCACGCUGCGACGGAAACUCGAUAAGGCUUAG